ACAUCUCACAUCCUCACCUAAAUGACAAAAUAUUUAAACCCCAAGCCACAAUUCACAAAUCAUAGAUCCAGCUUUAUCAUUAGUUUAAAAUUUGAAUUUGCAAAAUCCAAAACCCCCACUGAUACUUCCAAGUCCCACUCAAACACUCAUAUGAUAUCACCUCCAAAAAAAAAAUAUAAAUCCAGACAAAACUUUUAAACCGGAAUCUCCGCUAACCUCUCAAAAAACAUUUCCCUAUUUUCCAUAACGCACCAAUAAUAAUUAACACCAUCCCCAUUAUUCCCAUCAUAAUAUUAAUUUCAAAUCUUCAAAAACUUUGCUUUAUAAACCAUAAAAUCUCCCCCUUUAGAAACCCAAAAGAAAACCCAAACAAUCUCCUAUAUUUCUCUCUCCUCCAAAAUAAAAAAAAAAGAAACAAGAAGAAGAUGAAAGCUUCACUAAAAUUCAGAGAAGAGCAAAAACCAGUGUUUAAAGCAAAAGUACCCCUUAAUAUUUUAGGGUUUCCAUUUCAAUCAUCACUUUCAGCCGGAGAUUCCAAAGAACUUUCAUUGGGCCUUGGAACUUUCUUUGAUUCCGGCCCAUCUUUUCGUCUCUCAUACCGUCCAAAUGACAAUUUUACCCCUUUCUCUCUCCUCGUUAAAACAGGAAUUGGCCACUUCGGAUCUCCGAUUAACGCCCCUAUGACUAUGACUGCUGAAUUCAAUUUCCUCGGAAAUACGUCGUCGUUUAAUAGCCCUAGAUUUUUCCUUCAUUUUAAACCCCAAUUUGGGGAUUUUUCAAUUAAGAAAUCUCACUCGUCGUCGAUCGCUGCGUUUAGCUCACAAUCGAACCAAAACGGCGGCGUUUUCGAGGAGGAUAGUUCCUUGGAGGUUAUUGAGAAGCCGCAUGUGAUGGAAAAUGGAGAUUAUUUCUCAGUUGAAAAUACGGGGAGUAAAAUUACUACAUUACCCCUGAAGUCAUCCAUGGAGAGUGCUCUUUCUGGGAUGUUGUUAGGGGCAAAAACGGAAUUACUAAUCAAAAGCGGCGCCGUUUUGAAGCUUCGUUGGGGGGUUAAGUUUCCUGAAGGAUUUCAAACAUUGUUGAAGAAUCCAACGGCUAAGAUGUGGUCGACACGUGGAAUCCCAUUAUUGGUUCUCAACAAGAUUGGGAUUGAACACGUGGCGAAGGAUGAUAAGAAGGUAGGUCCUACUCGUAGUGAGGUGGAAGGGAGUGGGAGUGCUGACCUGGCAGAGACUUGCUUUACUGUGAAGAGGCAGCUUGAAACGCUGCGUUCUGAGAAUGCGUUGCUUGGGAAGGCGUUGGAUGAUUUGAAGAUGGAGUUUGGUAAUAAGGGGUUUAGAGGGAGGGGUUUUGGAGGAGAGAGAAAAUCGAUUGAGAAAGAGGUUGUUGAAGGGGAUGUUGGCGUUGUUGAGUUGAAUAAGGUUUGAAAAAAUCAAAGAACUUCUUGAUUUUGGGGAGUUAAAUUAGAUGGUUAUUACUUAUUAUACAAAUUUUGGAUUUUGUUUAAUAUGUGGUAUGUAAAGUUUUUAGGUUUGUUUUAUGUUCUUUUUGCUCUUUCUUUCUUCUAUCAAUAUAGUUAUAUGGAGUAUAAUAUUUCUUUUUUUAUUGUAUUUAGCUAAAAAAUUUGUAGUAGAUAUUAAUAUUUGUGUUAAAAAAUUUCUAUGAUUAUACUUUAUCAAAUAUAAGGUUUUGGCCAA